UCCAGUAUUAUUUUGUAUGAGUUUGGAUUGUUGCUGCUGUUGGGGAUCUCGCUGGAAUCGUCAUGAAGUCACUAGGUGCAGCGACGGCUCGGUUUGGGCUUGAUCUUUUCAAAGAGCUGAGCAGAGUGAACAAGGGCAACGUCUUCUUCUCCCCGGCGAGCAUCUCCACGGCCAUCGGCAUGCUGCUCCUGGGGGCCCGUGGGGCCACUGCUGCCCAGCUGCGGAAGGUGCUUUUCUCUGAACAAGACACAGAAAGCUCAAGAAUCGAAGCUGGAGAAAAAGAGAUUGAGAAGACAGAAGAGAUACACCACCAAUUCCAAAUGUUUCUGAGUGAAAUAAACAAACUCACUAAUAAUCAUGAACUGAAAAUAGCCAACAGGUUGUUUGGAGAAAAGACAUACCUUUUCCUUCAAAAAUACUUAGAUUACGUUGAAAAAUAUUACCAUGCUUCUCUGGAACCUGUUGACUUUAUAAAUGCAGCAGAUGAAAGUCGAAAGAAGAUUAAUUCCUGGGUUGAAAGCCAAACACAUGAAAAAAUCAAGGACCUGUUUCCAGAUGCUGCUCUGAGCAGCUCCAGCAAGCUGGUGGUGGUCAACACCGUGUAUUUCAAAGGGCAAUGGGACAGGGAGUUUAAGAAAGAACAUACCAAGGAGGAGGAAUUUUGGCUGGAUAAGGACACAAGUAAACCAGUGCUGAUGAUGUCCCAGCGCCAUACCUUUAGCUUCACUUUCCUGGAGGACCUGCAGGCCAAGAUUCUGGGCAUUCCAUACAAGAACAGUGACCUGAGCCUGUUUGUGCUGCUGCCCAAUGACAUCGACGGCCUGGAGAAGAUUAUAGACAAAAUAAGUCCCGAGGAGUUAGAAGAGUGGACGAGGCCGGGGCAGAUGGAGCAGAGGCCUGUGGAUCUGCGCCUCCCGCGGCUGAAACUGGAAGACAGUUACGACCUGCAGACGCCGCUGGCUGCCUUGGGGAUGGGGGAGGCCUUCAACGAGCACAAGGCAGACUAUUCAGGAAUGUCCUCCCGCUCAGGGCUGAGUGCCCAGAAGUUCCUGCACAGGUCCUUUGUGGUGGUGACAGAGGAAGGGACUGAGGCCACAGCAGCCACCGGGGUGGGCUACGGGGUCUCCUCAGGGCCCAGCUAUGAAACUGUCCACUGUAAUCACCCAUUCCUGUUCCUCAUCAGACACAGCGAGUCCAACAGCGUCCUCUUUUUUGGCCGAUUUUCCUCUCCUUAGGCCGGUCAUCGACUUGGCAGGAAACCAGUGUGGGAGUAUCAGUACGACUAUGGAAGUAGCCCAAACUUAAAAAAAAAGUUUUGCUUUUCUAGCUUGCAUUCUAAUAUUACCAUCAAAAUCGAUGACUUUAUAUUUGCACUGAGUGUGUGUGUAUGUUUAUAAUUUUAUUUCUAAGUGAAAUGUCCUUUUGUUUGUGUUAUGUGUGAAGUGAGUUAAAUCCAGGCUCAUUGUAAUAUGCUGUUGAUUUCUUCUGAAAGUAAAUUAAUGACUUGUAGUUUUAUGCACAAAUGAAAGAAAUAGCCUUGUCAGUAAAGGCUAUGGAAUAGUGAUUUGGGGAGUCCCUCCGGUUCUAAUGUUUUGGCCAAUGAUAAUACACAAGUGAAAAAAAAUUACUCAAUUUGUGUGUUGUUUUUGUUUCGCAGCAAAUAGUAUAGCAGACUGCACAUAGAAACACAAUUUAGAAACACACCGGCAAAAUGGACAUUAAAACUCAAAAGCCAAAAUAAAGUGAAGCCAUGUAACAGGCAGAGAGCAUGCCGUGUUUCCACCCUCUAUUCUGACAGAGCGUACUAUUAAAUGCCAGUUGCAUAAGCAUCUUGAUAAUGUGAAAUCAGUGUGAACAUAGAAUAAGAGGCACUCACUUUAGUCCUAGAACUUGAUGAGUUUUUUUUUCUUUUUAAAUACCGAUUCCAGAGGAGAAGGGAGGGAGAACAGGCGGGAGGAAAAUGUAGACCUGAGAAUGAGUUUCCUUCCACACACACGCCCUGACUGAGGAUCGAGCUGCACCCCGGGCAGUGCCCUGACCGGGAACGGAAUCUUUGAUGUUUUGGUUUGUGGGAUGAUACCCAACCAACUGGGCCGCACAGGCCAGGGUGAUCUUGAUGAGUUUUGAUAAAUGUGUACACGUGUGCAAAUGCCACCACACCCAACAUACAGAACAUUUUCAUCAUCCCCCAAGGUUCCCUUGUUCUGUUCCCUGUCAACUACCUCACACGGCCCCAGCUCAUACAACCACUGACCUGCCUUCAAUAACUACAGGGCAGAUCUGUCAUUUCCAGGGUUGUAUUCGAAUGCAUUUACAUCCUAUGAUCUCUUUUGUGUCUAGCUUCUUUGGCUGAGCACUGAGAUCGUCAAUGUUGUUGGGAUAUCAGUAGUUCGUUACGUCCUAUUGACAGACAGACAGUAUUCCAUUGAAUGGAUAAGCCACAUUUUGUUUAUCCAUUUACCCAUCGAUGGGCAUUUAUGUUGCUCCCAGUGUUUGACUACUAUGCAUAAUGCUAUGAUGCAUAUUUGUGUGCGCACAUCUUUGUGUAGACACGUUUUCAUUUCUCUUGGGUAGGAACCUAGGAGUUAAAUUGCUGGGUCCUGUGAUACAGUGAAAUUUAUGCGGAACUGCCAAAAUGUUCUCCAACAUGGCUGUGCCCUGUUCCACUCUUACAAGCAACCCAGGAACAUUCCAGUUGCUCGGCAUCCUCACCAGUGGCUGGUGUGGCUGUUGUUCUGCAUUAUACCCAUUCGAGUGGAUGCGAAGUUGCCCUCCAUUGUGCCUUUAAUUUCCGAGUUUCCGUUAUGACUGUGGUGUUGAGAGUGUUUUCGUGUGUGUGCUGUCCAUGUGCACACCUUCUUUUUUGAAGUGUCUAUUCAGUAUU